CAGCUGCUCGGCCAAUAAAUAAGGGCAAAGCGUUUUCCCUUUGUGUAUCUUCAACAUGGAUGCUUUUCAGGGGAUUUUAAAAUUCUUCCUCAACCAGAAAACUGUUAUUGGCUACAGCUUCAUGGCUCUGCUGACUGUGGGGAGCGAGCGUCUCUUUUCACUGGUGGCUUUUAAGUGUCCCUGCAGCACUGAGAAUGUGGUCUAUGGGCUGGUUUUCCUGUUUGCUCCUGCUUGGGUGUUACUGAUCCUGGGAUUCUUCCUGAACAGCAAGGCAUGGAGGCUUUUCACAGGCUGCUGUGUGAAUCCCAGGAAAAUCUUCCCCAAGGGUCACAGCUGCCACUUUUUCUAUGUCCUCGGCCAGAUCACUCUGAGUUCAUUGGUGGCUCCAAUGAUGUGGCUUUCUGUGGCUCUGCUCAAUGGGACUUUUUAUGAGUGUGCCAUGAGCGGGACCAAAAGUUCAAGACUCCUGGAACUGAUUUGCAAGGGCAAGCCCCAGGAGUGCUGGGAUGAACUUUACAAAGUGUCUUGUGGCAAAACCAGCAUGGCCCCCAUGGACAAUGAAGAACUGAAACUGUCCCUGCAAGCCCAGUCUCAGAUUCUAGGAUGGUGCCUGAUUUGUUCAGCAUCUUUCUUCUCUCUGCUCACUACCUGUUAUGCUCGCUGCCGAUCUAAAGUCAGCUACCUUCAGCUGAGUUUUUGGAAGACGUAUGCACAAAAGGAGAAGGAGCAGUUGGAGAAUACAUUUCUGGAGUAUGCCAGCAAGCUGAGUGAGAGAAAUCUGAAGUGCUUUUUUGAAAACAAGAGGCCGGAAGUCUUCCCCAUGCCCUCCUUCGCAGCCUGGGAGGCUGCCUCAGAGCUUCAUUCUUUCCACCAAAGUCGGCAGCACUACAGCACCCUGCAUAAGGUGGUGGAGGAUGGUCUGGAACCUAGCCCUGAGGACGAUGAGACCACAAUGGUACUUGUGGGCACUGCCCACAACGUGUAGUUCAUCUUCCACACAGACUCAUGGUGUGCAAGGGCUCAUUCUGACGUCUUCGGCUGCAUUAACAGCAACCUGUGUAUCUCUGUGUUUUCUCACAGUUAGUGUUUCCUUGAAGACAGUAACCCAAAGGGAAACAGUGUUGCAGCUCCCGAGGGCGGGCCGUGUCAGGAUGUGCUCAAAGCGAUGCUGAGCGACUGGUCAAGGAUGGUGAGAAAGGUGUUCUUCCAUUGGUUGGGGGUUGGGGCUCAGUGGCUUCAAGUUCUAUGAUUUUAUGGUUGGACAACGAGACUCAUGCAAGAAGGUUUGCUACUCUUCGUAAAUAUUGAUCAUGGCAUCUGGGACAGAAGUGGUGACUUGUGAAUAAGCAAGAUCCUCUCAAAAGACUGCUAUGGACAGUGGGGUCUGUGGUGUAGUCAGUGGAAAUCCUUGUCCUGCAAAUCUAUUCUACUGCCUUUCAAGGACGUAUGAAAUUCUGCCAUGUGGAAUUCAUUUCCUUGAAAUCUGAAGACAGCAGUUCUCAAGAAUAACACAUUGAAAGGAUAUGACGCCUAAAAUUUAGAGCUUUUCACAUGUUUCCACCAUGCACUGAAAGCAUGACCCUAUGGGCUGGGUGGUAUUAUGACUUUUGGGGGCCCUAGGCACUUUGUCUCCAUAGACCUCUUUCUAUAUUAAACACACACACACACAUACAUAUUUAUGACUGUAUUAAUAUAAACA